GGCUUUCUAUUGUUGUUUUGGAGAAUCCACUAUAAAAACGCGCGGUAUUUUUACAGUUUCUACUAAACCUGCUAAACAGCGGCUUAUCAGCCUGUGUUAUAUGCGUGGUAUUAUUAGAACGUUUUUUGGAAUCCUCUCUAAAGUGCCGCAGGUGUCGGUCCUUUAGUAGCGCUUAUUUAUGCGCCUGUUUGGGGUCCUCUUUCCGGAAAGAAAAAAUGGACAUGGAAACGCAUCCAGAUUUUGUUGAUGAACUCGAGGCUUUAAUAAGCAGCACUGGGGGAUUCCGCGACAUCGUGCGCGAGCUGGAUGAUACUAGCGUAAUCUUAAAAAGUGACGCCAAGGAGCUCGAUUACGUUCAUGCAAAUGACCUACUUGUCAUGCAAGCCGCUCUGCUCUCUUGUACAAAUCGACAUGAUGAUGUGAGCCUCAUAGAAGACAGCUUUUCUAACCUUGGUUACGCACAAAUUGUGAUACAUUGUGCUGAAUCUGUAGAUGAAGAAUCUGGGCAGAAUUGCCUUCUCAGUAGCCAGGGAAGGAAGGCAGCACUGACUCUGGUUGCACACAUUAGAGCUGCAUAUGCAUCAAAAGGAAUUCCAAUCAACUUUGCCAAAGUUCUUGCAAGUUGCACUGCCACCCCUUUGGAACUGCUGUGUCGUCUACAUGCUGGUGGUGUCAUGUGUAUCAAAGACUACAUUUCACUUAAUGUCCAGAAUCCUCAAGUAAUUGCUGAUUUGAGCAGAAGCCUGUUUGCUCUUUGUCAACUUCUUGAUCAGAGUGAACCAUCUGCAUUCACAUUCUCAGUCUUUAUGUGUGAACUAGUUUCCAGUGCUUAUUCAGCAUCAGACCACAAUGAUGCAAGUGCAUCUGUGAGAAAGGUUUGCCAGACCAUCUUGGAAACUCUCCUGCAGCGACUUCUCAAGGCUAAUGAAGAAGGGCAACCCAUAACCUGUGGGGACCUCCUGGGACCUUUGUUGCAGAGUCCACUUGUACAGCAGACUGCUGUCCUCUCUUAUGCCCAAGAGCUGUUGUCUUGUAUCUUGGCAUACAAUCCAGUAUACAAAGUUACUCAAGCGAUGUCAAGCCACCACAACUGGACUUACAAGAAAUGUUCCGUGUGGCUUCUUGGAAUAUUCCAGAAGAGUAUGCAGGUGCUCAAUGUAGAACAGGUGACCACUCAGCUGUGCAAGGCUCUUAAUAGCAAAGAGGUGAACUGGUAUAUGUUGCUCACUGCCCUCUCCGUGUAUGUCACCACAUACGAAGAUUGCAAACUUCUUAUUGGUCUUAUUGAAACACUGCUGAAAGGGGCUUUUGAAUGCCUUGACACUGAAAACUUAGUCAGUGCCUUUCUUUUGGCUAGACAUGCAUCGCAAGAAGCUCCUCAGAUUUUCCCUCCAUAUUCAUCCUGGUUUGAGAAAUACUUUGGGUUUUCUGAUACAACAUAUGCAAGCAGCUCAAGAACUUUUGCAUUCUUAGUGAAAUUUUUAAGUGAAAUGGUUCCAUUUGAACAACCUAAAUACUUAAAGGCACACCUCCAGAAGCCUGCUCAUGCAUCACCAAAGUGCCGUGUGAUUUAUCACGACUAUGUGGCAUUGGCUAAGACGCGCCUGCAGGACUUUGAGAUAGCUGACGAAAGAAAUGCCUUCUCUGAAGACGCGGAGCAAUUGGCCCAGGCUCAUGGCUUUGUUCAGAAAUCUAUUGAAGAUUUUGCAGCAAAAGGAAAAAUACCAAGGGCUGUCAUAGAGGCCAGCAUCUUCAAGAAGCCAUAUUUUACAGGACAGUUUCUUCCAGUUCUCCUGAAUCCUAAGAAUUUUCCAGAGCAUCGUGGAGUUGUGUGCAGCAUGGUCCAAGGACUGCUCCAGCAUGGAAAAAUUUCUCAGGAGCGAUAUGAUAGGUUUGUCGAUGACUGCAACAGGAAAGAAACUGAUACAUGUGAUGUAGAAAUGAACAAGCCAGUUCCUUUGCCCAAGCAUUUGCUUGCUCAGCUCAGAUCUGGAUCACUGCCAAAUAAAGACUGUGAAGUCGUCGUCUUGAGAAUUAUUGAGGAAGUUAAAAAAAAUGAACUAGAAGUUCUGGAAAAUGCCUUGAAUCUUGAACAAGAACUUCCUUACUCAAAGGAAAUGUUUGAGCUUCUUCACUUUGCUGGGGAAGCUUGUUGCCAUCAGCCUCCACAGCCCUGGAUUAAGUGCCUCCUCCUGGCGCUGGGAAGUUCACUGACCACAGUCCACCUAUUGGCUGCAUUUUUAUGGAGGCAGGUUACAACCAUCCAGGUCACGGAUAGACAAGGAGCCGAAAUUUUGAGCCAGUUCCUACUAUCCGUACCAGUCAUGUGGGAAGACAAGCCUCUCAAAAUUUUUGUUUCUGGCGCAACAUACAUGUCUAUGCAGGAGGCUGUGUUCUUGUGGCUCCCACUUUCCACACUGCAAGAAAGGAGGCAGUUUCUACAGUUGUCGGCUGUGUAUCUUAUAGCAGCAGCCAAGCAAGCACCAUGUACUACAGUUCCACCGUAUGUGCCUGAGGUGUUGUUAAAGAAGUUCGAGUUCGUUAUACAGAGGAAUGAGUGUACACUUGGUGAGAUUGACUCUGAUGCUUGGAAGCAAUGCUCUGAGUCACCUGUAAAGGACUGGCUUCAGCCUGGCAAGCUGUCUCUUCAGGAGUGGGUGAACUAUGAGUCUGAGAUAAGUGAUGGUGUCAAUGCUACUAUUACACCUGUUAUGAGACAAGAUUUACUUCGAUUUCUUGCUGAUGUUGACAGUGUAAGGUGCCUGUGUGCAACCUUACUGCGAGUUCUGGUUUGUCGUGGACCGAGACUGCCCAACCAUGCCCAGCUUCAUAUCCUAUUGCAGAGUCUUCUAUUGAAUUCAUCCAGCAGUUUCUCAAGCAAAGCUGUACCAUUUGCAACUGAAGCACUGAUACAAAUAGAAACUGAAGUUGCUGGCUGUCCACUGGAUGUGGUAGAGAAGGCAAUAAAUUUUUUUAGGAUUUAUUGUCACCUCCCUCCGUACUGCCUACUGGUGAACAGAACAGAUGAUUGCCCGACAAGUGAAUCUGUUAAGCUUUUUAUAACAGUGAUAAACAAUAACCUGCUACAUAUUCUUUGCAGUCAGCAGGACAUGCCUAUGUUGACUCUGCACUUGUUCAAGGGUUUAUUUCAAAGCAACCUGUCUAGAGCUGAUGCAUCUACCAUUUUGGAACAAUGCCCUGUACUUGUGCUCUGUCUUAUACGUCACUGGACUACCAUAUGUCCGGUACUCGCCCUUGAGCCUGUGAAGUGCGAGGAACUUGGCAACCUACUGACUACUGUUGAGAAGCUGUUUUCUAUGGUUGCAGAGUUUCUAGCUGGUUCUGAAGAACCUGGAAAGAAGCUUUCAAAGAUUAGCAAGACCUGGCUCCCAGCAUUUGUGCUAGCCUGUUCCAUCAGCUCAGACCAAGUGAUGCCAUUGCAUUAUAAAUCUCUGAAGCCUAUGGUACAGACCAUGGUGUUACAGUUCCUUCUCUUGUUUUGUCAAAAGAACGACAGUAAGCCCAAAGGUGGCUUGAAAAUUCUUUUGUCAAGAUUCCUGCAAGAGAACCCAAGCCUAUGCACUUCCUUAGAGCCUGCUAGCUUUGACAGUGCUUUGAUGAACACCCUGAUGUCUGCCCUGGACUUCUUUAUGCUUCUGGUUUACUGCUUCAAUUUUAUAGUUAACUGUGUGGAGCAGCAGGAAGUGAAAAAGAACUGUUGCAUCAACACUGCUAUUUUGCUCAUGGUACAUAUUGACACAAUCGACGGGGACAUAUUGAGUGAUGACAGAGCUCCCGCAGAACUUCAGGCGGAAGGAGUGUGCACACCAAUUUCAACAUCUGCUAAAUUGUACUCAUUGAUAAGAAAUGCACCACCAGCGCUCCUCAAGUCAUUGCCAAAAACCACCCUGGCCAUGUGUCCAACAGUAUUUCGUCAGUGCAUCGAGCAUCUGUAACCGUGCCAACACACCUGUGACGAUGUGGAUGAAAAGUGCAUUAGUUAAAGGUCACCGAGGUCAAACGAUUGCACAACCUGCCAAGAAUGACAUUCUAGAGUGAGCAGAAUGGACAGCUUCCCACCUUUAGACUUAUGGACAAAAAUAUAUUGCUGAUACUAAUAAUGUUUUUAUGCAUCGAAUAAGACUGUUUUUCACAGUUUGUAAAUAGUGGUGAUACAUACUCUAUGGUAUUUGCAAAUGAUUUGGAAUAAAUACACGCUACACUAAGGGAAUUCAGCUAGUCUUUCAUGUACUCAAUAAUUGUUCAUCACAUGUUUCAUCUGCGCUGUAUUCUUUACACAUUUUAAUAAGUGUAUGCGCCCUCUCACUCUGUGGCCAGUUAACCUCUUGCUAUGCUAUACUUAUGUUUCACCGCAAGGCUGCGGCUUUUCCUGAAAACUAUGGCACAUACUCGUAAGGAAGGAUUGCCCAAGCUCUGAUACAAAAACAUAUGAACCAAGUUGAAACUCAACAACCCUAAAAAACAAAGAACAAGAAAGGAACUGCAAUUCAUGGUUCCUUUCUUCUCAGUAUCACUGAAUGUGCACUUAGUGACUUCGUUCAAAAUUUGUGUUUUGGAGCAGGUGAAAUUUGGUUUUGAGCGAUGCAAAGCACUCAAUACAAAAAGAGGAAAUGUGAAAAAAAUUAAACAUAUAAGCUUUCUGGUGGCAAAAAAUAGUCAUGGAGAGAGGCAUAUUUUUUUUUCGAGUGCGACUCGGGCUGUUUGCACCAAAUGAAAGCCAUAGAGUGGGAAAAAGCUUACUCCCAUUUGAUCGAAGGGUAUUUCCAAAUAGCUCCUCUCUCAGAUGAGAAGCACCAUAGGAGAGAGUUGUCCAGAUAUUCCAUGAUGUGAGUCAUAGAAGUUUCACAAUGUGUACGCACACCAGCUUUUAAGCAUGAAAUACUUUUAGCUCCCAUUGUCAGUGACCUUGAGCCAAAAGCCAGAGCUGUUAUCCAGGUACUCAAAUGAGAACAUCCGGGCAAGGUGUGAGAACAAAACAAGAUCAUCCGGGAACCAGUCAAAACAUAAGAAAAUGUGGGCUCUGGCCCCCAACCCUUUAUACAGGACUGCAUUACAUACACUAGUUACUGCCCACACAAGUUACAGAAAAACUUGCUUCCGAGUUCUUCCUAGUGUUUGUUCACAAUAUCACUCAAGCUGUAACUUCUAGUACGCUGAAGCUUUAUUUGUCAUUUCGAAUAGCGACGUUCAAACGGCAGAUACAGGGCACCGUAUACUUCAUUGUCAUCUUUUGGCACUGAGACAGGGUUGGCUGCGGUAUUUUGAAGACCAGUGGUGUGUGAGUUCCUUGGCGCGGGUUUUGCGUGGUGCCACCUUCAGGUGCUUUUCGUCUUCUAGCUGGGCAGUGUACUCUGUCUCCCUGGCGUCUUUCACUGCCUGUCGUGCUGCCUUCAGCCAGUUUUCUUCCUCUAACUGGGCAGCGUCCAUCUGGACCAGUGCGCAGUAUGGCAUGGUGUGGUGUGGUGGGGCGUGCCAUGGUGAACAUGAACUACACCUAUUUUAAGAUUGUGGCUAGUAUCAUCUCCAACAAAUCUGCUUUGCCGGUGGCUAUUUCAUGCUUACAACUACACUCGAUUACGGGAGAGCCAGCAGUUUUUUAAAUAAAGAUUUGUGCAUGUUAAUUCUACACCUUUAAGGGCACUAUGAAUUAGUAGUUUGCUUUGCCAGAAUGAGCAAAAAUAAACAUUCCACGAAUACGCAAGGUGCUGAUAAUGUACUGAUGCAAGAAGGGGCGCAAGGUUUGGGCUUUGAAGAAUUUGAUUAAAUCUUUUGACUGCUUGUAAGAUCAAGUAUGGAAUUGACUCAACUGAAUGUGUAGAACUUGCCAGGAAAUCAACAGCUUCAAUAGUAUAAAGCCCAGUAUAGCCGGGUAUCUGCAUGAAUCAAUCUUGUUUACCAUGGAGACUAAAAUUCAUAUGGAGUGGCAAAAUAAUAGAGAAGCAAUCUCAAUGCAGAAUAAUGUUGCUGGCAGUGUUAUGGAGAGGCAGACCAACAGCUGAAAAUUUGCCAGUAAAGAUAAAUGUAAUCUUGGACAUGCACAGAAUAAUUUCUUGAACCCAGUGCAUCGCUGCAUUGCCAGUACCGUCCACAUGGAGUGACGGCUUGUUAGCACUGAAAUUUUGCACAGACGUGCAAUUUAGCAAUGAAUGCAAUUUUAAUCUUCUACUUGCCUCUGUAAUUAAGUGUUAUUUAUUUAUUUUUAACACUGCCACUCUCAUUUGAGAGCAUGGCAGGUGCGCAUUACAAAGGGAUAAUCCUGUAUUAAAGAAAACAUAAUCGACAUUUUGAAAGCAUGUGCACUGUGCACACACGCAUGUACGCACAAGAACAAUGAAGCACAUCUACCAGGGUAGGAUUACAGCAAUAAAGAUGCUCUAAGCAGUUAUUAAUAAAGAGAAAAUCAGACAUCCAUCCAGUCGUAGCAAUUGCUACAAAGGAAACCCAUGCGGGUUCCUCGAAAGAAAAGCUUUGCAGUUGAACAAAAAUUCGUCCUGGUUCGGGACUCGAAUCCAGGACCACCGCCUUUCCAUGGCGGUGGUUAUUCAAGUUAUUCAAGCAAAGGACAUCAACAUUGUAAUAAAUUUUAACAGUGUACAAUCAACUGCAUUCUACAUACAACAAAGAACAACAAAAAUUAAGAAAGGAAAAAAGAUAGGAAACUUCUAGACAGAGCAUUUAAAGCAAAGAUCACACACACAGAUCAAAAUGAAUAUUUCGAAAACAUGCAUGCUACACACACAAAAUGAAGCGCAACAACCGAGGAAAGAUUACAACCAGUUUGCUAAGCAAGACAAGCAGCUUGCCAAGCAAAGAGAAUCAAUGUCAUAUCAAUCAUGCUCAAUGUGCAAACAGCACAAAAUAAUACUGAGAAAUAAAGAAAGCAAACCACAACCACACAUGGGGAUUGCAAUCUGUUACAAAAAUGGGAAUGGAAUAAAGAAGCAAACAAGUGGUAGUACAAGAACAAAGUGACGUGCAGUAGCACAAGCAAUCUCUUGCACCAAGAAAAUCGAGACACAUUUGACCCCCUAUUGCCAGCAAAUAUUAGGAUAAGGAAAUAGAUUGUAUAAGUGCAGGAAUCUAUGCAGACAAAACUAGCGUUCAAAUGAUAGUGUUGCAUGCAGUAAUGGCUAUGGUACUACAAGUUAGUUGUAGUUUCUAACUUGGCAGUGAAAGUGGACAAUGUUUUGGUGUUCGUGACAUCUGGAUUUAACCAAUUCCACUUGUGUCUUAAGUCAAAAAACAAUUGCCCAAACAAGUCGUUCUUGAAAGAGUAGUCUAUUAAUGUGUAUUUAUGCCUAAUCUGAAAUUUUGGAAUUUUCAACAACUUUUAUAAAAACAUCGCCAUUCUAAAUAAAAAAUUCACUUGCAACAGUCGCUAGAUUUUAACAUUUUCUUUUAAAUGCAACAAAACUCGUCAAAUUUGGUGCAGUGGUUGCCGAGAAAAGCAAUUUCUCCUUUCCCAUGUAUUUAGAUAAGAGCCCCCAGUAAAGCUCAGUGGCGGAUACAGGGGGGGGGGCAUUGGGCGAUCGCCCCUCCCUCUCUUCCACCUCUCUCGACAACGAUAUUUUGGCACGUGGAAUUUUUUAAGUCGCUGUGGUGGCCAUCGCUGUCCGCGGCAAGCAAAGCACCCUUCACUUCUAUCUUUUGUUAGGCGUGAAACUGGCUAACGCAACCGCAGCAUUAGUGGAAGCGAGCUAAUCGCUUCCUCCCCGCCUUAAAUUUACCCCUUCAGAGAGUAGAAGGUCGUUUAAAUAAGCGGGGCCAUCAGCGCGGCAGCAAAGAGGGAGCCUUUCCUUCAUCAUCACCAUCAUCAUCAUCAGCCUAUUCAUGUCCACUGCAGGACGACGGCCUCUCCCUGCGAUCACCAAUUACCCCUGUCCAGUGCCAACAGAUUCCAACUAGCACCCACAAAUUUCUUAAUUUCGUCGCACCAUCUAGUCUUCUGCCGUCCUCUACUGCGCUUCCCUUCUCUUGGUACCCAUUCUGUCACCCUAGUGGUCCAACGUUUAUCUAGCCUGCGCAUUAUAGACCUGCCCAGUGCCAUUUUUUUUUUCUUAAUGUCUAUUAGAAUAUUGUCUAUACCCGUUUGCUCUCUGAUCCAAACCGCUCUAUUUCUGUCUCUUAAAGUUAUGCCUAGUAUUCUUCGUUCCAUCGCUCUUUGCGCGGUCCUUAACUUGUUCUCAAGCUUCUUUCUCAGUCUCCAAGUUUCUGCCCCAUAUGUAAGCACCGGUAAAAUGCACUGAUUGUACACCUUCCUUUUUAAUGAUAAUGGUAAGGUUCCACUCAGGAGCUCACGAUGUCUGCCGUAUGCAAUCCAACCCAUUUUUAUUCUGUGAAUUUCCUUCUCAUUGUAAGGGUUCCCUGUCAGUAAUUGACCUAGGUAAAUGUAUUCCUUCACAGACUCUAUAGAGGCUGACUGGUGAUCCUGAACUCUUGUUGCCUUGGCCGGCUAUGCAUGAUUAUCUUUGUCUUCUGCAUAUUAGUCGUUAACACCACUCUUACACUCUCUGUUAAGGCCCUCAAUCAUUUGUUGUAACUCGUCUGCAUUGUUGCUGAAUAGAACAAUGUCAUCGGCAAACCGAAGGUUGUUGAAGUAUUAGCCGUUGAUCUUUACUCCUAAGCCUUCCCAGCCUUCCUAGCCUUUCCUUCUCUCUCCUUUACUCAGAGACACAUGUUCCCUUACUCCGCACUGAACGAGAAGAAAGGGGGUCAACCGAGGGGCCCGAUUUUUAUUAGUCAUAUUACAAGAAGCCUACAAACACUGACACCAAGGCAUCACACGCGAAAUGUGAAGGUUGUGGGAUCGUUCCCCACCUGCGGCAAGUUGUUUUUUCAUCCACUUUCAUUUCCAUUAAUUUAUCAUUUCUUUAUUUCAUUUAUUAACACAAGUAAUUUCUCUUAUGUUGUCCUUGGCGUCAGCGUUUGUUGGCUUCUUGUAAACUUACUCCACACUGCUAUGUUAGGAGUCCGUAUUGGUAUGAGUCACCUUUUAUUAUCAUGGAUCUAGAAACGGUUCAAUGUCAUUAGCCACUGUAGUGUCAUUCAAACUCGCGCAUUCACACAGUGUGCGUUACUCAUGCUCCAAAAGAGGACGGCACAAGUCACCUUCAGCGGCUGAUGUAAAACAACUCUCGCAGCGCACGGCGACCAACGCGUAAGCUUUUACAAUUUUCGCAAUUAAUAUGCCUUGUAUAUGGAAUACAGCGGGUAAAACUUAUGGCACUGCCCUUUGUGAAUCACUCAACAAAGUUCCAACGCACUGAAAGCCAAAAAUCGCAUUUGUCAGGCGUGUUCAAAGCGCGUCCACAUUUGUGGACAGAAUUAAGUUGUGAACGUAGAGCGCUCGGUGCCCCAUUUGUGGACAUAACUUGUGGGUGUGUAGAUUUGGUGCGUCUUUUUUCAUGUUUCGCAGCUUGUUAUCUCACGGAUUUUGUUUCAACCUCCGCAGAUGGGUUAGUACUUGAUUUUUUUUUUAUAUACACUGGUAAAAGUACAGUCCUCGCUGACGACAUGAAAGACAGGCUGAGGAGUUUUAAUACAGCUUGUGGAGACAACUGCGCAUCAUCCACAUAUUUUCACGAAUCUAUAUUUUACUGCAUUGAGGAUUUUUGAUUGCUUGCUUCAAGAGAAAAAUUUCAUGCCUGGGAGAGUAAAUCCAAGCUGCAGUGAGGAUUGAUGCUGUAAAUCUUCGCAAUGAAUAGCAAAGUUAUCCAUGGAGAAUCGACCUCCCCCGUUUGUGUGAACAGAAUGUGUGUCUGGUCAAAUGGAAACAAAGGCGUAGAUUCCUUUUCCAGUGCUGUUGGAACAGACCCUGUGUCUUCAUAAAAGUGCUGGUCGAAGGAAAGUAAAAAAAAAAAAAAAUGUUAGUACCACACCUCGGAUGUGUAUUGGAAUAUAAUCAAUUGAUGAGGGGAAUGGACCUCAUCGACAGGUAUAUUUCACAUACUAGGACGAAGGUCAACACAAAAAAAUGGGCCGUUAGGAUGCUCACACAUGUUCUCGACACUGGUGUUUGCAAUGCGUGGGUUGAAUACCGUCACGACGCAACAGCUUACAUUUACAUCAAAGAGGUGCGGUCUCUCCUAGCUUUCAAGCAGGAUGUAGCCGAAACAUCAACCAGAUGUAACCCAAAUCGAAAUGGUACCAGGGAAUAAAGGUACGAAAGUAGACCAGCAGCUCGAGACCAAACCAGCCUAGCUGCCUGACGGCGAUCCGAGAAAAUGGUUUUGAUCACUUCCCAUAAUUUUGUAGAAUUGAAGAUGCAAUGCGAUGCAGGAACAAAGAUUGCAAAGUCCAGAGUUUAAUUGUGCAUAAAAUGCAAUGUUUCCUUGUGCCUGCUAGGGUAAUAGAUUUUUUAAUUUUUACCAUGCUCCCAACUAAUGUCCACAUUUGUGGACACAUAUGUAUUGUUUGAAAAUCUCACGAUUUUUUCUGCACUUAAACGAUUUCAAAUGUAAUGUUGAAAAUGUUUUUGUUUCUUGCCUACAAUUUUUUUUUUCAGUAGUAAAGAGGUUAAAGGGCAACUCCGGUGAUUUUUUGAUGUCCACUGAUCUUAGAAUAUAUGCUCUCUUUUGCACUCUGUUUAUCUGUGCCGAAUUGUAUGGUUGCAAAUCAUUUAGUUUUCCUGAAAAUGAAUUUUCAGGAAAACCGGCCGCACGACGUGCGCGCGGAGACAGUCAAAGGUGAGGUGGUUGCGAGGGAGUAACGAGGGAGGGUGAUUGGAGAGGAGUGGGGGGGAAGGGGCUCGGCCACCUGGAUCACCUGGAUCGACGCGCGUGCGCGCGACGAUCUACGAGGCCACGCAAGGGAAACGGAUUUUCGGGUUCGCCCAAUACAGAGAUGGCGCCACUUACCUCUGCUACCUAAAGCCCCUUGAUAAUUUGAAAGUAGCGACACUCUCCUCCUCACGGCGCUUUCCUCCUCGAUUCUCCUCGCCCGCCGGCUGCGCACGGCGCGCUUUUCCUCCUGGGCUCCCGCGGACGGGCCCCAGGAUUCUAUGGAGGCGUGUUAUUUUGGGCCAGUUGCGCGCCCCACUGGGGUUGCAAAUUUUGAGAAAUGCUAAUAACAGCAUCGAUAAUGCUGGAGGCAACGUUUAUGAGGAGGUUGGUUUUUUCUUAAAGCCGUAUGAACGGGGUAUACCGAUGUAAAAGGAGCUUUGGGGCGAGUUCUCCAGACAAUUUUUCUGCCGCAUGAUCAGAUGCUUUACUUCGCGCGUCUGAUCUAGUAUUGCUUGCGACACAUCCCUUUGUGUGUGGCUUAUUAAGCGAAAGCCUUAGACCUCUGUUUCAAGGUCCCGUUGUGAGCUAUAGAAAAUAUCACCUGACCGAAGCAAGGCGGGAAGUGAACCAAAGCACGUGCAGCCGCGCUUAGAAGGUGAUUAAUGAUUAGCAAAGUAAUGAUUGAUUAGUGAUUGUAUUAAGAUGAAUUCGGGUGUAUUAAGGAGGGUUAAGGUGGAUUAAAGUUGAUGAAAGUGGAUUAAGGUGCAUAAAGGAGGACAAGGUUGGAUCAAGGUGGAUGAAAGUGCGCUCAGGUGCAUUAAAGACGAUUAUAGUGGAUUAGGGUGGAUUAAAGUGCAUGAAGGAUGACGGUGGAUUAAGAAUGAUUAAGGUGCAUUAAGGAGGAUUAUGGUGGGCUAAAGUGAAUUAAAGUGAAUGAAGGAGGAUAAGGGUGGACUAAGGAGGAUUAGGGUGGACUAAGGUAGAUGAAUGUGGAUUAAGGUGAAUUAAGGACGAUUAUAGUCGAUUAUGGUGGAUUAAAGUGAAUGAGGAAGCAGUAGGGUUGAUUAAGGAGGAUUAAAGUGCAUUAAGGAGGAUUAGAGUAGGUUAAGGUCGAUGAAGGUGGAUUAGGUGCAUAAAGAGGACUCUCGUGGAUUAUGGUGGAUUAAAGUGAAUGAAGGAGGAUUAAGGUGAAUGAAUGUGGAUUCUGUGGAUUAAUGUGCAUUAGGAGGAUUAUGGUAGACUAAUCGGUCUUAAUACUCAAUGAACCCUAAUUCACCUUAGUCCACCCUAUUCCACCUUAAUGCUCCUUCAUCCACCUUAAUCCAGCUUAAUACUCUCAAUCCACCUUAAUACAACGUAAUCAACCUACAUCGCCCCUAAUGCACCUUAGCCUAUCAUAUACGGUCUUAACCCUCCUUUAUCAAUCCUAAUCCAUCAUAAUCCUCCAUCCACCUUAAUCCUGUUUAAUAGUCCCAAUCUACCUUAAUACACCCUAAUCCACCUCUAUCAAACAUAAUCCAGCUCCAUGGUCGCUAAUACACCUUAAUCUACACUAAUCCAUCAUAAUCCGCCUUAAACCUCCUUUAGCAACCCUAAUUCACCUGAAUCCACAUUAAUCGACCUUAAUCUUACUUUAUCCACCCUAAUCCUAGUUCAUGCACCCUAAUCGGUCUUAAUACCCUUUCAUCAACCCUUCACUUUAAUCCGCCUUAAUCCUCCUCCACCCACCUUAAUCAUUAUUCAUGCGUCUUAAUCCUUAAGGCACUCUAAUCCACCUUAAUCUUCUUUAAUACACUCUAAUCCACAUUAAUCCUCCCUAAUCCACCUUAUGUCAAUCACUAAUGAUUCAUUGAUUAACUUGGGUAAUCAUUCUCUUAUACAGGGGUGGACAUGAUUUGGGUCACCUCUGGCCUUGCUUGGGUCACGUGAUACUUCCAGUUUACAACGCGACCUUGAAACAUAGAGAUCUAAAGGCUUUCGCAUUAAAACUUAACAAAAAACUCAAUGUUGACUAGCUAACGCUCAUCACCAGCAAUACCACGGGUAUGCUUGCCACUAUGUUUUUCAAGGUGCAAAGCAGAAUCUAUAAUGCUGCACUUCCGACUGAAUAACAACAGUUAGCGACGUGCGAGGGGAAUAUUAAGCAUACUGAGGACAACCGCAAAAGCGCUGGUGAGCAGGCCCGAAGAAUGAAAAAAAAAAAUGCAGCAUUACGGUAUGCAUUGCUACGAGCUAUAAGAAAGACGCCUCAGCUCGCAAACAACGCUGUUCUUUGUCGGAACAAAGUUCUUUCGGCCAAUGUCAUGCAGCCACUGCUUCCUGCGCAAGCCGUCACGCUUUCCUUGUGGUAUCACAUAAACGGCAUAACCAUCUUCAGGCUUCUUGCUGCAGUUAUAUGCGCAACAGCCCGGCAUAGCGCUAGCACAUAGAGCAGGAAACACGGCGUACAACGUUCGCUACACCGAGCUAAAGUGCCGAGCCAGCCGUGCUCAGGAGGAAAAUGGCGCGAACGAAAAAGAAAAAUACAAGCAAUACUCAAGAUCCGCGCGUUUCCAAGGGCAACGGCAGGGAGACCAAUCGUCGUACAGAAAAACGGGGGCGAAACUGGUUACCGCGGGGGAACACGCAAGGGGCGAGGAGGAGGCGAGGAGGUCGCGCGGCGGCGGCAGAGUUCAAAGAGUGUCGUUACUUUCAAAUUAUCAAGGGAUCUUACUGCCACCGAAAGCGGGGAGUUUCCCCCCACUGGCCCCGCCGGCCCGGCGCCAGCUCAGCCCGCUGCAUGACGUUUCAUGCUUCGUUAUCUGCUCUUACCGCGAAGCGUGCGCUGCUGUGCGUUGACCGGCGUGGGUAGUUUCGUCAGUUUCGUGGUCCUCGGUAGCUGUGUGCUUGUGCUCCGCGAUGUUUCACCCGUUUCACGACUCGUACCACUCGUGCAUCGUGCAGUGGUACACAAAUACCCCAAAAACAAGCCCUGCAAGGUUGUUCCGGGUGCCUAAAGACAACAGGUGAGCGCUCAGACCCAAGGACAUCAGAGCGCAUGUACACGAACCCAGCCCUGUCCAUGUGUGUGCUCCAUGAGGCUCCGGACGUUGUUGCGUCUUGAUUGUGCUACACUUGCCUCUUCCCGGUAGAGAAAGCUGACAAAUAGAUGUUCCUCCUCAUUGUCACCUGGUCUAUGACUCAAUCAAACAAUGUUAGCAUUUUAUUCUAUCUUUUAGGUAUUUUGCGUGUCAUUGUUUUUGCCAUUACCAGUGAGUUCUCCCUUCUUAUAGUUGUCAUGACUAUGUCAUACAUGUCGUCCAAUUUUGUGCAAUAUCUUAGUGCAUAUAUCAGAAGCUCGACUGCAUUUGGGUGGUGGUGGUAGAAAUUUCAGUGUUGAGGGCGUUAUAUAAAUUUUUUUUUUUUUACGUGUGUGUACAUGAAACGGCCUUCGCGUUUUCUAGCGCUUUCUUUUGUUAUUUCACCGUCUGUGAACUUUUGUGUUUAGUACUCUUGUAUAGCCAUGCACCUUUCACUUUUGCUCAUUUUUUGAGCGUGUAUCACCACCACGUUAUAAGAAAAAUCUGUUUUCGGAAACAAAGUCAAUAAAGCGAGACUAAACAUC